AUGUCGACUUGGCCGCGCCUCAACAAAGCCUCGAACAUCAUCGAUAUGGCCAGCUCCGACUCCGAGAAUGCGGUGCUUGCGUCGAGUACAACAAAAGCCAAGGAGACGUGCCUCGAGAAAGCCUCUAGCGACAUCGAAGUGCUGGACAGCUCCGACUCCGAGCAUGCGCUGCCUUCAUCAAGUACGGGGACGGCAAAAAACACGACAGCCUCGGACCAAAAGCCGAGCGACAAGCUGCCAGUGGUGUUCCCCGUGAAGGUCGAGCUCGCUGAUGAGGAGGGUCGAGACGCCAACAAGAAGAAAGCUCGUUAUACAUUUUGGGCUGCACAUGAAGGCUUCGGCCUUUGCAAGGGCUCCAAUCAGCUGCCGUGUUGCUUUGGGCCCGACGGUAAGCCCGCCAACGCAGCCCCAAACGGACGCUGCGACCUGUGCAGCACCGACAACCUGGAGGCUUUGCACGACGGGAUGCCCCAGAAAAUCACGCACCUCCUUGCGGACCUGGAGGGGAAGCCACUACAGCAUGCGUUAAUUCGUGUUGGUAUCGCACUCGGGCCUGAGGCACGCGCCGAAUACAGCAUGCGGCGAGAGCGGGCCGUUCGACGCCGGAAUCCCGGCCGCCCGAAGCGAGGCCCACGGAAGCCCAAGGAAAAUGUCGGAGAUGCGGCCCCUGCUCCCGAAACCAAUCGCCGUGUGAAGCUCUACCCAUGGGAUUCAGUCGCCUCUCAGCUAUUUGAACCCUUCGGCGAGGGCAUCCUGGACAGCUUGUCGCUCAAGGAAGUGUGGGAAGCAGCCGCCAAGGGAAAUAAAAAGGCUGCGUACCACAGUCAUCUGUGCGCAGAUGCCGGGACCGACGGCUGGCACGUCGGCGCAGGUGUGUCCCUCACCGCAGCUGCCCUGCAAGCUGCGAUCAAGAACUGGGAGAGCGCCGACAUGAAACGCCUCAUCAAAACGGAGCUGUACAACAAGGUCAACGUGGAGAUCGCCGAGCUGAAGCCGGUGUUGGAGAAGCUUAACUUCGGCAAGGGAUCCCAGCAGCAACGGGACACGGGCUCCUUCCGACAGGCUAAGAGGCAGAAGACGUCCGGGACACCAUCGACCACAUACUCGCAAGCCGAGGUUGACGAGGCAGCAAAGGCGUUCCAUGCCUGGCUGAGUCAAGAGAAAAGCGCUUUCCGCUCGGUCCUCUUCCUCCUGUCAGGCAACAACGCCUACUAUGCCGCGCAUGCUGCCGAGCUGGUUGCCCGUGCCGCCGUCCAGUUCAAGCCGAUGACCGCGGACCACUUCCUCAACGCCAUGCGUGCUCGUAACUCGAAGCCUUCUGAGCCCUCUGACAAGGCGGCGCCCGGUUCCGAUGCCACGGGACUUUUCGAUUGA